CCAAGGCAACGUGUUCCUUUAAGACUAGUCUUAUCUCAAACCAGAACGAGUUACUCUUCCUAUUAGGUCUAGCCUUAAGUUGUUUAUAUCUCUUGGGAGUAGUCUAUAGUCUUAACUCUUUGUGAAAUCGACCCCUGGACUGAAGUCACCAUAAGAACUUCUACAGAAUGUUGUUGUGGGUUCGACUCCCACCUGAUCCAUCAAAUGUGUUUUAUAUUUGCUGCAGAAAACAAAGUAAUAUUAUGUAUGAUAGUUUUAGGUAUCACUUGGGAUUUAACCAAUGUUGCAGUGUUUCAUUUCCUGAUAAAUGCAUAUGUACCACUGAAGUUAUGGAGUUCUUUGUUUCCCUUUUCGAACCCUCGGCUUUGGAUUCGGCUUCUGGCUCCGUUCUCUCGUCUGAAUUAGCCCUGAUCGCCUACACGCAAAGCAUACGCCUUGACAUGUAAUCAGCAGUUCUGGAAGUCUCUUUCUAGAGAUAACACAAACUUUAACUGAUGUGUGAACAACAGUGGUUUGAGUGUCAUUAAUACUGUACGUUUGAAUGGUCGCAUGGUGUUGAGUUGUUUAGGGUCUUAUGGGAUGGCAUGUGAUGUCCAGCGAGUUGUUAACACGUCCCAAUUAGUGGUUGAAAUACUUCCAAAUAACACCAGAAAAGAGUUAUUAUACAAUACGCAUUACUCCUUUGUGAAUUGAACUUCGACGGGCAUUCCAUCCGCUGAAAAUGCAUUGUAUGUGCAACCAGUGAGGAAAUGGUGCAACCGCCACGCAACAAGUUGUUAAAAAAAAAACAUUAGAAAAUCAAUCAUGCUUGUAGGUAAUUGCCAUGACUACGGAAGCUUGCAUCAGUAGGAUAUAACGUUAUUUUUUAUUCUUAAAAAAAAAUGUCUUCUAAAAAAGACAUUCUGUGUUGAGAAUGACGGGUUUGUGUAUGAUAAAACAGGGUACCCUUUUACGCCCACACUUUAUGCAAACAAAAAAUGCUUUGGAUUAUAUUGGAAUAUUGAAUCCUUUUACCAUAACAAUGGAGAAGACGGGCGAUGUUCUGAGCAUUAUGUAAUCGUUUCUUAAGGAGUUUGUCUUUCUGCUUCUGCUGAGAGCAUACCAGCUAUGUGGUCAGCAUCUGGCUUCAUCGAUUAAAGUAAGUUUGUUUGAUGAGAGACGGUUGACUCAAGACAAAUAUCCUUGCACGGGACUGUGCUGCGUAUAUGUCGUCCAGUACGUGCGACACAAGGGUGUAAGAAAUAGAAUAAGAUGGCGAUUCCACUCCUUCUUGAGUCUGGUAAAGAAAACCUUGUUUAAGGAUAUUUGAUAAGAUCACAAUGGAGCCAAUUCACGCCUUCACCAGUGAGCAAAUACUUGAACAUAGGUCACCCAGAGAAAACAGGCCGUCAUCUAAGCAGUUUUCCCCCACGAUUGGUGUCUGGCUCGAACGCUUCGUCAAAAGACUCCGUCGGAAAGCCGUACUUGGGCUUCUCUAUACAUUGGUGGGAUUCUCAUUGGUUUCUACUAUCUCAUUUUGGACUUUUAUAAGUCCGAGUGAUAAUUCAAUAAGUGUGGAUACUCGAGCAGCUGAAGUACAAGGAAAACCUUUCUCUAACUUCACAUUCUCCAAUGGUGAAAGGCGUGCUUUGCAGUGGCGUGACGUCAUUGGACAUCUGAACGUGGAAGAGUUAUUUGUAGUAAACCCGGCUAACAAGAGAGAUAGUGAGAAAGGCUCUGCACGCAAGUUGGAAUCUCCCCCAGAAGUAACCAGCACAGAAAAAGCCAGAACACUUUUCUUCAAGAACAUUCCGCUUCCAGUCGUUUGUCCUGAAUUGGUCAUCCCCAGCUUAAUUGAGAAGAAAGCUCUCAAUCUUGAAGACACGCGCAUGAAUGAGUCUGAAAAAUAUGUCUUAGGCGAUCGAGUAAAUCGGUCAAAGGAAUUCACCGCAGAGGGAAACCGUCAAUUAUAUAAAAUGUACAACUUGACCGAAGUCAGGACACCUAUCAUGGACAGCAUGUCUCAACUAGCAGUGAAGGUUGGGAACUAUUCCUGGUUUCCAGGAGGCCAUUGGAAGCCAAAUAAUUGCCUACCAAGAUGGAAGGUUGCAAUCGUUAUUCCAUUCAGGGAUCGCUCCUACCAUCUUCCAAUAGUCCUCAAGUAUUUGACACCCAUGCUACGUCGACAACUUCUGGAGUUUGCCUUUUACGUUGUUGAACAGAAUAAUUCCUUAGCAUUCAACCGUGCUAUGCUGAUGAAUGUUGGCUUUUUGGAAUCUUUGAAUUUCUCCAAGUGGGAUUGUUUUAUAUUUCACGAUGUGGAUCAUGUACCUCUGAGUGAUUUAAACUAUUAUGGAUGUAGUGGGAUGCCUCGUCAUUUUCUCAGUGGUGCAGAUCGAUGGAAAUAUAAGUUACCGUAUGGAGAUUUCUUUGGCGCAGUUACCGGUUUCACGACGGGUAAUAUCCUUACAAUAAACGGGUUCCCAAAUGUGUACUGGGGCUGGGGUGGUGAAGAUGACGAAAUUUGGAAACGAGUCAAAGAGGCUGGACUUCCUGUGUCACGUCCCCAGGGGCCAAGUGGUUUUUAUAACGUCAUUAAACACCAUCAUAAAAGUGCACCUGUCAUGAAAGAAAGAUUGAAACUCCUAAGCAGCUUUAAGCAGCGUCACAAGACGGAUGGUCUAACGAAUAUCAGAUAUGAUAAACCUCACGUCGAGUUCCAUCCACUCUACACAAACAUCACAGUAAAUAUUCAGAGGAUUAAACAACCACCACCACCACCACAACAACAACAACAACAACAACCACAACAACCACAACAACCACCUCAACAACAACAAAAACAACAACAACAACAACAAAAACAACAACAGCAACAACAAAAACAACAAAAACAAAAACAACAACCCCCACCCCGUGGAGCAAAGGAGCAAGUGAAGGGUGACCAAGCUCAACCCGAUAGCAAGGUGAAGGAGAUGGAGGAAAAAUCACAGCCUAGUGACCAGUCUCGUGACAGGCUCGAAAACGCUAAGAAAGCUGCUAAACUUAAGAUGGUUGGAAAGAUUUUAGCUGAGAAUAAACUUAGAGGAAAAGCUCAACCAGUGCAGCCGGCAUCAAAUCAGAAAGAGAAAGACGAAAAAGCACAGCACGGCAGUGACAAGCUGCAAGAGGAAGCUUUUGAACUUAUACAGGGUUUAUCUGAGAAAAAAGGUAAAGCUCCACCAGCGCAGCCUGAAUCACAUCAGAAAGAGUCUGCUGACAAACCGAAUGAUGCUUUGAAGAAAACGGUUGAACUUGGUAAAGUGAUUGACAAGAGUUUGGCUAAAAAUGAAACAAAACCUCAACUUGCUGCCUCAGGAAAAAAAACAUGAGAAUACGAAGAUAACAAACAAAAAACAGAGGUAGUUAUAAGUCGUCGAGUCAUUCAAUAAGAUUUGAGCGGACUGAUGUGAACCAAACUCGAAGUUCAGCAAACUUGACCGAAGAGUGACUCCAGAGUGGAAUUUUAUUCCGAGUGGCCGAUUUAUAGGCUUGAAUUCACCAUUCUUCCAGUGUUCUUCCAAGGUUUUGUAAUCCAGUGACGUCAUCGGUGACGUCAUGAUGGAUCUAACUGCGGUGUUUUUCGGCAUUCUUGGCAAGGAAGUUUCCCCUCAUUUUAAAGGGAAAAACGCAUACGGCUUUCCUUAAUGUUAAGGUGAUGUAUGAUUGAAGCGUACUGUAUAGAUAAUUAUAUUUAAAAAAAAGGGUGCAAAAUGUAAAUAUUAUAUUUAAAUACUCAACGACCUAUGUUCUUUGCAAUUUAUUUUGUAACUUUACAUUGUUUUAUUAUUUAACGUUGUUUUGAUGGGUAUUUUGACCAAUUGAAUGACCAUUCAAGUGCUAUUAACAUGGAAUACUUUGGACGUGACUUGUUAAGAAGUAAAACAUAUUUAAAGUUGUUAGGUUUGAUUUUCGCUGAAAGAUUUGUCAUUUCGCUUUUUUCUCUUAACUUGUGACAGGCUGUUUCAAUUAAAAAAACAUACACAAUAUUUUGAAUCAUGCCAAGGGCAAGCCAUUUACCAUCUUUGGCCCAUUUCUUUUUUUUCUUCUUUUUUUUCUCAAUAAUAUGGCCUCUGAAAUGAAUGAAAGCUUAAAACUUUUUUCGAAUCUACAAAAAUAUACAUGUAGGUCUACUAUUCAAUUCUUGACUUUGGAGUCAAAUCCGCAUUGGAACGGUUUUAUUGUUGUAAUCCUAUAUCAAUGUAGCUGCAUAAAAAAAAAAAUUCAUUGAGAUAUCGCCGUUACCGCGGUAACGCCUCACAAAUUCAAACUAUUUUGGAUGUCAUUUCUAUAUCUUUUUAUUUAACCAAAAAUAAUAACUUCGAAGCGAAAUGUUUAUCGAACUGCUUUUUAUAAAAUCAAAAGCUUCUUACCAAAAGUUAUUAUUGCCAGUAAUUACCUAAAAGAGUGAGUACUUUCUUUUGACUAAUGAUCUAUUGACAGAAUGUUAACAUGCUAGGAGCAUAAACACACAAUAUUGGUUUAUUUAUGAAUGUGUGAAAAUGAUCGUGUUUAUAAAUUUGAAAUAUUUAAAACCACCCUUUUUUAUUGCAAUUUGUCGUAUGUUUUGACAAAAUAUUGCAGUAAUCUGAAAAAAGUAAAACUUGUGGUAUAAAGAUUCUUUAAAAAAUAAAUGAAGUCAAAUUCUCAAAAUGUAUUUCUGGAAAUGUAUUCGAGUCAAAAAGGUAUCAUCGAGUGAACGUCAGGGGAAUACCCACAGCACUGGUGCCCAAAUUACGUAAACCCUAACUAGCACAAAUAUCUUGCUUAGCAGGACCUGGUUACCAGCCAAAAUUCCAUAAAGUCUACAUUGUUGCAACUGGUGCCCCACUCAAUUUUUGCUUGGUAACGAAUUUUGCAGUAUUUUCUGUUUAACAGCUUCAAUGAAAUUAGGCUCCGGAGUCCUCACUUAAUGCCUAAUAAAAUGGAAAUAACCUUGACCGAUGCUCCUUAAUGUUUAGUUUUGUUGAGAAGCUCAACAAUUCUUGGGGAACAUAACAAAAAUGGUUUCAAUUCAUCCGCAGAUUUUGCAUGUUUCAGCAGCGAUAUUAUGUUUGCAAUAUUUCAUCAGAAUGUGAGAUUUCACUUGUUUUUGUUACAUAUUUGGUAUUAUAGUAUGAUCAAGGGGCCAUUCACAUUAUCAACAUUUUUACAAGCGUAUGCAAACCUUACGCUGGGAGGGAGGGAGUUAAAGGCAGCGGACACUAUUGGUAAUUGUGAGAAGCGGUUCCCUCUGAAGUAACGUAGUUUUCGAGAAAGGU